UGAGAUCCUCUCUUUUGAAUCGAAUCCUCGGCUCCGGCAUUAACUGACCAACGCACCACUCGACUCGUUGCCCUACAAUCCUAGCAGCCAUGGCUCCCCGAGCUGAAGGCAGCAGCACUCUUAAAAGAGCUCGCGGUUCUGCCGACGACAACGAUUCCUUCAAGAAACCCCGUCGCUCCGAGCGCCUCUCCUCCCAGCGCACCGGCGACAGCCCCGAACCCAAGCAGAAGACGCCCCUCAAGACCACCAAACAACUGCCAUCUCCAGUUACCCACGACUCCGAUGAAUUCCCACAGGAUUCCAAAGAGCCCACUGCCACCCCUCCAGCCGGCCGCCCCAGCCAGCUGUCGCAAAUCAGCCCCCGCCCAGAAAACCAACAUUCUCAGUCGCAAGCGUCCCAGCUCAAUGACACACAAGCCUUUAGCCAGUUGCCCGAUCUCGACAAGGCAUUGUCGGACGAGGUCGAGGAUGAAGUCAAGGAGGGAGUUUGGGGCUACCUGUUUCCCCUAGAUCCUAGGUACGGCGGCCGCUGCGUCGUCUUGAGGAGGAGGGCCGCUUGUCCCCUUCCGGAUACGGUCUCACAGGCGGUUGGCUCCAAGAGAGGUAAACGCGGCCAGAAGGCGCUGAUCAAGGAGGAGCACGAUUUGGACAAGACCAAGGUCAAGGGACUUCCAUCCGGUGGCUAUCUGAUCGGCCGACACCCAGAAUGCGACAUCCAAAUAGAGGACCCCAUCGUUUCGAACCGGCACUGCAUCAUCUUCACAGAGAACAAGGGCAACGACACCAUCGCCGUAUUAGAGGAUCUGUCGAGUAACGGAACGUUCGUCAACGAGGCAAUAGUGGGUCGCAAUCGACGGAGAGAGCUCCAAGAGCUAGAUGAGAUCGCCGUUCUUGGCACAGCCCGCUUCAUCUUCCGAUACCCCAAAAGUCGACACACCAGCGCUUUCAGGCAGCAGUACACCACGCUGCAGAAGUUGGGCAAGGGCCAUUUUGCCGAGGUUUACCUGUGUGUGGAGAAGUCGACGGGUUCACAGUAUGCCGUCAAGGUAUUCUCCAAGACUCCUGGCGUCGAGGAGCGGUCCAAGGACGAGGGUCUUCAGCAGGAAAUUGCCGUGCUGAUGGGGGUUAGUCACCCCAACGUCUUGUGUCUCAAAGAUACCUUCAAUGAGCCCAACGCCGUUCACCUAGUCCUUGAGCUGGCGCCAGGAGGCGAGCUCUUCAACUACAUUGUCAAGAAGACCAAGCUUUCCGAGAACGAGUGCCGCAAGUUGUUUACCCAGCUUUUCCAGGGUGUCAAGUACUUGCACGACCGCAACAUUGUCCACCGCGACAUCAAACCCGAGAACAUUCUGCUGGUCGACGAUGACCUGCACGUUAAGCUGGCUGAUUUUGGUCUUGCCAAGAUCAUUGGUGAGGAGUCCUUCACCACCACUCUCUGCGGUACGCCCAGUUAUGUGGCACCGGAAAUCCUCACCGACACUCGUCAUCGCAAGUACACCAAGGCGGUCGAUGUCUGGUCUCUCGGUGUAGUGCUGUACAUCUGCUUGUGCGGCUUCCCACCUUUUUCGGAUGAACUCACCUCGCCCGACUUCCCUUAUUCCCUUUCAGAUCAAAUCAGGCAAGGCAAAUUCGACUACCCAUCGCCUUACUGGGACCCGGUGGGUGAUUUGGCUCUUGACCUGAUUGAUUCCAUGCUCGUCGUCGACCCCGAGAAGCGCUUCACCAUCGACGAUUGCCUUUCCCAUCCAUGGAUGACGCAAAAAACGCCUGGCGUCAAUGACAGCACCAACGGCCUCGUUAACGGGAUCGCCGGCCUCGACGUCACCAGGCGCGGCGUCCUCCGCGAGCGCACCCUCCUCAGCUCCAUCAACACAGUCGAGAUCGCCGACAAGAUCCCACUUGGCGAGAACAAGCCCGAGCUGAAGAUCUACAAGAAGAACCCCACGGAAACGGUCGGUGGGCCCAGCGAGCACGAACUUGCCGGUGCACAAGCAGGACCCUCCCGCCAAAAAGAGGCCAGACCCGAUGACAACAGGGACCCAAAUGAGUUUAUGAAGAUGGGUGGUAAGGGUGAUGAGGUACUCUUUGCGGACGAUCCGAAAAGUAAUUACCCAACCGCCAAAAAGGAUGUGAAGGAUAUUGUCGAGUCGUCGACAAAGACGAACGGCAAAGGUAAGGGUAAGGGUAAGAAAGAAUAA